AUAUAAAAAAAGAAACCAAAAUUGCCUUAGCAGCAGAAAAAAGAAAAACCUAUAUGACUGGAGGAGGCUCAUCUGCAACGGGAUUAAGUAAUAAUGUCGAUUCAGAUAAAGAAAUUGCCAACAUCAAAUCAAAUUAUAGAUCAAGUAGAAAUUGAUUUCGUUUCAUUAGUAGAAGAUGAUUGCGAAGAAGGGCUUAAGGAGAGCAAACUUGAAAAGACAAGUCUACUUGGAACUCUGCUGAACAUGCAGAAAAGAGGUAACAUCGACAAUAGUGAGGAGUUACAAAAGAAACAAAUAAAAUUUUUUCGAAAAUUAAAAAAAUGGGCAGAAGAGCGUCAUCUAUUACAGAAACAGGAAUUGGGACUUAAAACUGAAAUUCUAAAAAUUGAAAAUGAAAUAAAGCAAGUCCAAUUGCAAAAUUUAAUGAAUAAAAAAUAA